UUUUUUUUAUUAAUGAUGAAGUGUAAAAGUUUGAUGUAAAUUAUAAAAAGUGAUAUUGCUGCAUUAUUUUGUUUCUACUUUUAGAAUUUAUUUUAUCUGUUUAAUUUGUUUGUAUGCAAAGUUUGGUCUAGUUGUCUCUAUAUUAAUGUAUAGAUUAUUAUUAUACACUAUCCAUGCAUAUGAUGCAUGUGAGUUGCUCAGGCAAAUUUUUUCAUUUGAACUGAAGGAAUCCACAUCUACAAAGGAAGUGCAUUAUGUGUGGAAGAACACAUUGUGAUUAGCAAGCAUAAGUGAAGUUUCCAAGAGAAACAAAUAUGGGGUUUAAGCCACUAAGUUGGUAUUGUCAGCCAAAAGCUUAUGGAUUUUGGGGAAGACUAGUAGACAGUGCUUUUGGUUCGUAUACACCUUGUGCAAUUGACUCUCUGGUGGUUUCCUUUUCUCAUUUGGUUCUUUUGGGCCUCUGUUUUUAUCGAAUAUGGUUGAUCAUGAACAAUUCAAAAGCACAAAGGUUUCGUUUGAGGUCAAAUUACUUCAAUUACUUGUUGUGUUUGUUGGCUGCAUACACCACUGCCAAUCCAUUACUAAGAUGGGUGAUGAAUAUUUCACUCUUUAAUCUGGAUGGUAAGACUGAUCUGGCUCCUUUUGAGAUAACAUCUUUGAUCAUCGAAUUUCUUGCUUGGGGCUCCUUGUUGGUUAUGCUUGGACUUGAAACUAAAGUUUACAUUCGUGAAUUUCGGUGGUAUGUGAGAUUUGGAGUCAUUUAUGUGUUGGUAGCAGAUGCUGUGGUGGUCAACCUUAUCCUUUCAGUUAGGGAUUACUUCACAGGAUAUGCAAUCUAUAUCUACAUAAGCACAAUUUCUGUCCAGGUGUUGUUGGGAAUUCUUCUUGCCAUAUAUCUUCCAAACUUGGAUUCUUAUCCUGGUUACGUUGUGAUUCAACCCGAAUCUCUUGACAAUGCUGAAUAUGAAGAACUACCUGGUGGAGAUAAUAUUUGUCCUGAAAGGCAUGCUAAUUUUUUCUCACAAAUAUAUUUCGGAUGGAUAACUCCACUCAUGCAGAAAGGUUAUAGAAAACCGAUAACUGAAAAAGAUUUGUGGAAGUUAGACUCAUGGGAUCAAACUGAGACUUUGAUUAAAAAGUUCCAAAGAUGUUGGGUUGAAGAAUCUCAAUGUUCCAAACCAUGGCUUUUAAGAGCACUUAAUCGUAGUCUUGGAAGAAGGUUUUGGUAUGGAGCCCUAUUCAGGAUUGUAUAUGACCUAUCUCAGUUUGUUGGGCCCAUUGUUUUGAGUCAUCUCCUACAGUCGAUGCAACGAGGGGAUCCAGCUUGGAUUGGUUGUAUAUAUGCCUUCUUAAUCUUUGCUGGAGUGUCUAUUGGGGUGUUGACUGAAUCUCAAUAUUACCAGAAUGUUAUGCGUGUUGGUUUUCGGAUGAGAUCAACCUUGGUGGCUGCUAUAUUUAGAAAAUCAUUACGAUUGACUCAUGAGAGUCGCAAGAAUUUCUCAACAGGAAUGAUAACAAAUAUGAUUACAACAGAUGCUAAUUCACUUCAGCAAAUAUGCCAACAACUUCAUGGAUUAUGGUCAUCUCCACUUCGUAUUAUCAUAGCUCUGGUUCUUCUUUACCAACAAUUAGGAGUUGCAUCUCUUUUUGGGGCACUAAUGCUAGUUCUCAUGCUCCCGGUUCAGACAAUUAUACUUUCCAAAAUGAGAAAACUCACGGAAGAAGGAUUACUGCGCACUGACAAGAGAGUUGGCCUCAUGAAUGAAAUUCUUUCAGCCAUGGAUAUUGUGAAAUGCUAUGCAUGGGAAAGAAGCUUCCAAUCUCGUGUUCAGAAUAUGCGAAAUGAUGAGCUAUCAUGGUUCCGUAAAGCUCAAUUACUAGCUGCUUUUAAUAGCUUCAUACUAAACAGUAUCCCAGUUGUUGUAACGGUGGUAUCAUUUGGACUUUUUACGUUGCUUGGAGGGGAUUUGACUCCUGCAAGGGCCUUCACAUCGCUUUCUCUCUUUGCAGUGCUGAGAUUUCCACUGAACAUGCUGCCUAAUCUAUUAAGUCAGGUUGUGAAUGCAAAUAUAUCAUUACAACGUUUGGAGGAGCUACUCUUAGCUGAAGAGAGAACUCUACAACCAAACCCCCCUCUUCAACCUGGGCUUCCAGCUAUCUCAAUUAAGGAUGGAUACUUUUCAUGGGACGCAAACGCAGAUAAACCAACCUUAUCAAAUAUUAAUUUGGAUAUACCAGUUGGUAGCUUAGUUGCUAUUGUUGGUGGGACUGGAGAAGGAAAAACGUCACUGAUAUCAGCUAUGAUAAGCGAAAUACCUUCUGUGUCAAAUGCUCAUAUUGUAUUGAGAGGAAGUGUUGCUUAUGUUCCCCAAAUUUCGUGGAUUUUCAAUGCAACUGUACGAGAAAACAUAUUAUUUGGAUCUGAAUUUGAACCUGCAAGAUAUUGGAAGGCUAUUGAUGUAACCGAAUUACAUCAUGAUCUCGAUAUACUUCCAGGGCGUGAUCUAACAGAAAUAGGUGAGCGGGGUGUGAAUAUUAGUGGUGGACAAAAGCAGAGAAUUUCAAUGGCUAGAGCUUUAUAUUCUGCAGCUGAUGUAUACAUAUUUGAUGACCCUUUAAGUGCUCUAGAUUCACGUGUUGCUAGACAGGUUUUUAACAACUGUAUCAAACAAGAGUUAGAAGGGAAAACUAGGCUACUUGUCACAAACCAGCUACACUUUCUUCCUCAAGUUGAUAGAAUCAUACUAGUAUCGGAUGGUAUGGUUGCAGAGCAGGGAACAUACGAGGAGUUGACUAAAAAUGGAAAAUUGUUCCAGAAACUUAUGCAUAAUGCAGGGAAGAUAGGAGAAAAUAUAGAAGAAAAUAUGGACAAUGGAAGUUCCCAGAAAAGUUCGAUACCAGCUUCUAAUGAAGAGGCAAAUGAUUCUUCUAAAGAUGAUAUCAAUUCAAAGAGAGGGAAAUUGAAGAAGUGUGUUCUGAUCAAACAAGAGGAACGAGAAACAGGUGUUGUCAGUUGGAGUGUCUUGAUGAGGUACAAAAAUGCUCUAGGAGGAAUGUGGGUGGUCAUCUUUCUCUUAAUUUACUAUUUAUUGAUAGAAGUUCUUCGAGUUUCAAGUAGCAUGUGGCUAAGUUUUUGGACAGAUCAAAGCAAAUCAACAAGUUAUAAACCUGGAUUCUACAUUCUCAUAUAUGCACUUCUUUCAUUUGGGCAGGUGUUUGCAACACUGGCAAAUUCUUUUUGGCUAAUCAUGUCUAGUCUUCAUGCGGCCAAAAGAUUGCACGACACUAUGUUAUGUGCAAUAUUGAGAGCUCCACUGGUUUUCUUCCACACUAAUCCAACUGGACGGAUAAUCAAUAGAUUUUCAAAGGAUCUAGGUGAUGUAGAUCGAAAUGUUGCAAAUUUAAUGAAUGGAUUUCUGGGUCAGGUGUGGCAGCUUCUUUCAACUUUUGUGCUGAUAGGGAUUGUGAGCACAAUUUCUCUCUGGGCCAUCAUGCCACUUAUGAUCUUGUUCUAUAUGGCCUAUUUGCACUAUCAGAGCACAGCUCGUGAAGUGAAACGCUUGGAUUCCGUUACAAGAUCUCCUGUUUAUGCACAAUUUGGAGAAGCACUAAAUGGAUUGUCUACUAUACGCUCAUACAAGGCGUAUGAUCGAAUGGCCUACAUAAAUGGGAAGUCAAUGGACAAUAAUAUCAGAUUCACUCUUGCAAACUUCAGUUCAAAUCGUUGGCUUUCUAUAAGAUUGGAAACAUUAGGAGGUAUCAUGAUCUGGUUGACAGCAAGCUUUGCUGUUCUGCAGAAUGGGAGAGCCGAUAAUCAAGAAGUAUAUGCAUCAACAAUGGGUCUACUUCUCAGUUACACUCUAAAUAUCACAAGUCUUCUUAGUGCUGUACUAAGACAAGGAAGUAGAGCCGAAAAUAGUUUGAAUGCUGUGGAGCGUGUUGGCACAUAUAUUGAUUUGCCUUCUGAGGCUCCAGAAAUAAUUGAAAGCAACCGACCCCCACCAGGGUGGCCCUCAUCUGGAUCUAUUAAGUUUGAGAGUGUUGUUUUGCGUUAUAGGCCUGGACUUCCUCCAGUUUUGCAUGGAUUAUCUUUCACAAUUUCUCCAACGGAAAAGCUUGGAAUAGUUGGAAGAACUGGUGCAGGAAAAUCUAGCAUGCUUAAUGUAUUAUUUCGGAUAGUUGAAAUGGAAAAAGGAAGAAUCAUGAUUGAUGGUUGUGAUAUUUCUAAGCUUGGACUAACAGAUUUGCGAAAAAUUCUCAGUAUCAUACCACAGUCUCCCAUCCUUUUCUCAGGAACGGUGAGAUUUAAUCUAGAUCCAUUUUGCGAGCAUAAUGAUGCUGAUCUUUGGGAGGCAUUAGAGAAAGCGCAUCUUAAGGAUGUUAUUAGAAGAAACCCUUUCGGUCUGGAUGCAGAGGUUCUUGAAGGAGGGGAGAAUUUCAGUGUAGGGCAAAGGCAAUUAAUGAGCCUAGCCAGGGCAGUGCUACGAAGAUCGAAGAUACUUGUUCUUGAUGAAGCAACAUCAGCUGUUGAUGUUGGCACUGAUGCUCUUAUCCAGAAAACUAUUCGCGAAGGAUUUAAAUCCUGCACUAUGUUGAUUAUUGCUCACAGAUUAAAUACCAUAAUUGAUAGUGAUCGGAUUCUUGUUCUUGAUGCUGGUCAGGUUCUCGAGUAUGAUUCCCCAGAAACACUAUUAUCAAACAAAGAAAGUGCAUUCUCUAGAAUGGUUCAAAGUACAGGGCCUGCCAACGCUGACUACUUACGUAGCUUAGUAUUAGGAGAAAAAAAGAACGUGGCAGGAAGGGACUUAGAGCACAAGCAGUUGAUCAACCAGAGGAGAUGGCUAGCUUCGUCCCAAUGGUGUGCUGCUGCUAAGUACGCGCUAACUGUUUCUCUCACUGCUUCACAGAAGGAUCUUCAACAAUCUGAUAUUGAAGAUAAGAGCAAUAUCCUCUUGAAAACAAAGGAUGCAGUUGUAACAUUGCAAGGAGUUUUGGAGGGGAAAUAUGAGCAAGAUAUAAAUGAUGCACUAAACCAUUUUGAGGUUCCAAGAGAUAAUUGGUGGUCAUCUCUUUACAGAAUAGUUGAAGGUCUUGCUGCAAUGAGCAGGCUCUCUCAAAGUAGACUUCAGCGGUUCGAAAAUAAUUUUGAAGAAACUUCCUUAGAAUGGGACCAACUUGAAAUAUAGGGUCCAUAGUUAAAAUCCUAAAUGGUUUUGGACGGGAAUCGUGCUAGGCUUACCGCAAGCUUGACAGGAUCUCAUUCUGCUUGUACUCUGUUAGGCCUUAUGGUAAUAAAUAAAGAGGGUAAUUGGGUAAUUGUAAGAGGAGGGAUUGAUGCUAUAUAUACGAGUGAGUAAUGAGGGUAAGGGGUGUGAAUGAUUUUAGUUAAAUGAGCUUUUAGCUCUUGGGAGAGAGCUGGGUCUCUCGAAUACCCAGCAAGCUUGUUAUCUUUGUCACUCUAACAUCAAUAUAAUAGCUAUUAUAAUUCUCUUUGCUA